GUUAGAACCAAGCAGCAGCCAGAGAACCUACAUGCCAAAGUUGGAAGCCUCUCAGCUGCAGCAACCAGUCCAGGCUUCUGCUAUGGAGAACAGGAAACAAGAACCAGUCAGCCGCUGGAAACCCUUUAUGUCAAAGUGGGGAGUCUCUCAGAAGGUGCAGCCACCUGUCCGUGAGCCUGUCAGGGAGACUGAAGAAAGAGGAAGAGGCAAAUUCCGGAAUUUCUUCAGGCCAACACCGGGAGGUUACAAGGAGAAUCCAAACGAUAUCAGAAUUGUUCUGAUUGGGAAGACUGGCAGUGGAAAGAGCUCAUCAGCAAACACCAUCCUGGGAAGAAAAACGUUUGAAGCCAAAUCAAGUCAAAAAUCUGUCACUAAGCAAUGUGCAAAGGAGAAGACUGAAAUAGACGGUCGUUCUGUUUUUGUGGUUGAUACACCUGGCAUUUUUGACAACAGUCUGAGUCCUGCAGAGAUUCAGGAGGAGUUGCUGGGGUGUAUCAACUAUGUGGCUCCAGGACCACAUGUCUUCCUGCUGGUAAUACGGAUCGGCAGAUUCACACCAGAGGAGAAGGAGACCUUAGGCAUAAUUAAGAACAUCUUUGGGGAGAAUUCAGAAAAGUUCACCAUUGUUCUGUUAACUGGAGGAGAUUCAUUGGAGCGAGAUGGCCAAGCUGUCGAAGAGUACAUCAAAAAUGAAAGUGAUGAUUCUUUCAAGCAGCUGAUUGCUAACUGUGGAGGAAGGUACCAUGUGUUUAAAAAUGGUGACAUAGAAAACCGUGCUCAGGUGAGAGAGCUGAUCGGAAAGAUCGACACCAUGGUGAAAGUGAAUGGAGGCAAGUGUUUCACCAAUGAGAUGCUGCAGAAGGCUGAAGCUGUAAUACAGAACAAAAUGGAGAAUAUUCUAAAAGACAGAGAAGAAGAAAUUAAGAAGAGAAUGGAAGAAAUCGAAAAAAAACACAAAGCGGAAAGAGAAGCCAUACAAAGAAGACUUGAAAAAGAGAAAGAAGAAAUUGAGCAUCAGAAAAAAAUUCUGCAGGAAAAGGAGGAAAAAAUAUCAAGAGCAAUUGAGCAGGGAACAAAAGAGCAGGAAUUUAAAGAGGAAGAAGAGAGACAGAGGGCCAUAGAAGAACAAAGGAAAAAAAUAGAGUUGAUGGAAGAGAUGGUAGCUUUGGAGAAAACAAUGAUGAUGUCACAAUUAACAGAUAAAGUUCCUGACAAAUCACUGGAGAUAAAGAGACGAGAACUUGAACAGAAACAGAAGCUGAUGGAGAAGGAACAACAAGAGUGGUGGGAAAAGAGACGACAGGAAGAUAAACAGAGACAGCUGAGGGAGGAUAUGAGAAUAGAUAAACUUAAAAAAGAAUCUGACAACUUUAAAAUGAUUGAAAAAAAUCUAAGAGAAAAGCAUGAAAAGAAGCUCAGAGAACUGGAGGAGAAGUACCAGAAAAAAGAGGAAGACACAAAGAAAAGAUUCUUAGAAGAAGUUAGAAGAGAAGCAGAAAAGAGAGGAAAGUUAAAACCUUUUGAUCCUGUCAUGCUAUUCCUUAAACAUAUAGAAAAAACAUGCAAACAGAUGUAAUGAUUCACUCCUGUGUAAACUUAGUGAUACAUACGUUAGCUUUAUAUAAAAACAGUAAAAAUGAGGCAAAAAAUCUCAUGUUUGUUUAUUUUUCAAAGAAUUAUUAUCUUAGACUCUAAUCUUCAUAAAAGUUUGAUGUAACAUUGGUAGUUCAGUUACAGAGCAGGUCUGCCAUGGAGGCUGUAGGCCUUAAUUCAGUUGUUCAGGGUUUGACUCCUGACACCAGGACACUUCCUGCAGGUCCUCCAUCUCUCUGCUCUCCACCUGUUGAGCUACAGAUUAAUAAAUACAUUUAGUGACUGUGUCGUGAACCUGGUGAUACUAAACCUAAAUCAUAAAAAACUAAUUAAGUAUAUGGAGUUACGGAUUUCUUUCAUAACAGUAAGUAAUUAAUAUCAGCAUUUUUUAAAUGUGUAUAGUUCAGUGUCUUUGAGAUUUAUCUGCCUUUUACUUUCUUGUAAAUAAAACACAAUAUUGGAGCAUUUAAAAAAGACUGACCCUGAUACAUACACAAGCAUUGCAUGGUUUAUAACUAUAAAGUGCUAAUCAAGAAUCAAUUAUCAUUAAAUAUUUAGAACAUUUUGAAAAAUUCAAAUGCAUCAUAUAUCAUUUUAAUUGUGUUAUUCUGUUAAAGCCUUUAAGCUGCAUCUGUUGUCACUGUAUGAAGCUGAGCUAAAACCGGCUGAACAAAUGAUCUCCCUGUGAACAAAUGUGUUUCAAAGAACUAAAAUAAUUUAUCUUGUUUUGCUGUGGUAUAGGAACGUUUCCUGAAAGACACUCAUCUAAUUGCUGUUUCACAAAAAACAAGAUAGAGGAUUAGCCAGGAUAUCCUAGAUAUCCUAAUUCAGCCAGGAUAUCUGGAAUUUUCCAGAUAUCCUGGCUGAAUUAGGCCUCAGUAAGUCGCAGCACAUAAGUUACCAUGGUUUCUUCUGUGCAGUUAGCCUGCUCCAGACCAGGCUAAAAGCCAGGUUUAGUUAAUCCUGGUGCUUUCUGAUAUGAGGAAUUGCUGCAAAGCCAUCAGCA